AUGAUUUCCUCCAACACGAGAGCGUCGCGCUCGGCGUCGCGCUACUCGAGCCCUGCGCAACCGCCUGGCAGGAACUGGAACGGGCCGUCCGAGUCAAAGGCCAGUGGAAACGAGGGCUCGAGGGCGUUGAUGGCCAGGUGGCUGGAGCCUUCGGUGCAGACCAAGACGAGCUUCGAGGAGGCCGGGCUGAUGCGAUACGGCGUUCUGGAGAACAUGGCUCCCCUCGGCACCAUGCCCAAGCCCAAGAAGCCAGGGGGCGAGAAUGGCUCGACGGUCCGCAAGAUCAUCCUGCGGCCGUCGGGGGCCGGGUUGGCCAACGCCGCGCGUGAGGCCAAGGCUGGCAGCAACCACCCACCACCGCCCAAGUCACCGCCCAGAUCUCCUCCUCCACUGGUGCAACCUUUGCCGCCGCGGAGAAAGUCUCUUCCACCAAAGGACAGGGAACCCGAGGACGACGAGUACGAUCCCAAGGGAGGCGCCCGUCGCAGACGUUCCAAGCGAGUCUCUCUGCCGGCCAAGAAGAUGCGGCAGACGCCCGACGGGGACCCCAAAGACUCGGUCGUCAUGGCCAAGGCGCCGACCCCCAAGGCCACGAGCCCCAAGAAGCGCCACGCUCCGCUCGAGCCUGAGGAGAGGGAGUUUGCCGACAAGGUGGUCGAGGCAGCUGUCGACGAGGCCCUCAAGCACUACCGUUAUCCUACAGCCUGGGCUAUGCGUACGCUCUACGAUGAAAAGUGCGACGACGCCGAUUUUGUGGCCAUGGUCGAGGACGUCUUCAGGCAGACGGCCGACGCGGAGACGAGGAAUGAGUUUUCCAGGCUCGUCGAGCAGAAGAAGCGCGAGGGAAAGAAGGAUGACCAGGGCUGCUACUACUUUGUGCCGCCCACCACAAACAACCGCUUCACUCCGCACAAACCCAAGCCAGCCCCCUACGCAUCGCUCCUUCGCGAAGCUGAGGGCGAGGAACAGACUGCAGGCGAUAGGCGAGCUGCCAAGAGGGCCAGGACCUCGCACGCCGCGACGCCGCGCAAGACGGCCUCCUCGGGCGCCGUCGUCGUCAAUGUCCGCACACCAAGAUCGUCGCGCAGCAAUAAGCACGCACGACGGGACUCGGGCUCGAGCAUUUCGUCGUCGCUCUCGUCGGCCAUGAGUCUGUCGUCGCCCGAGGGCAGCGCCGCAAGCCUCAGUCCGUCCCUUCGAGGGGCGGCCGCCGGGGAAGCUUCUGGGGCCCAGGCCCAUCGCCAUGCGGAUGCGCCAAAAUCCCAGCCAAUCACCACCCGCGGCCGCUCUCGCCCUCGACACGCAUCCACCGCUGCUGAUGAUGCCACCAGCAUGCCUGGCCGACUCGCCGCAACUGAGCUCUUCCCCAACCUGCCUGCCAAAACGGCAAAGCACGGCACCGCCAAGGCGCCCCCCAUGCUCGACGACGAUGAGGAUCCGUUCUGGGACAGGCGACGUGAUGCACGCAAGGUCACAGGCGCGUACAGCGCCCAGGAGAGCUCGGUGAGGACGGGCCAGGAAGAGCGUGUCGCAACGCCCCCCAGGACCACGAGGCGGACGCGCCAGCUGCUUGCCGCUCCCGUCAGCACCCGGGCCACGCGUUCCGCCAGCAAGAGGCCCAUCGCCGACGUCGAGCGAACCACGUCGCCGGCGGCCUUUUCAUGGCAGGGCGACGGCAGCCCAGCAGUCGGAUCCCGCGCCGCCACUCCCCCAAUGCUGCGACCGGCCAAGAAGCAGCGGACGGGCCUGCGCGUUAAGACCUCGCCGGUCAAGAAAAAGGGAGGCACUGCCGCGGGUGUCCCCCGUUCGAUGAGCGAGGCAAAUUCGACGCUCAACAACGGAGCGCCCAAGGACCCGACGUCGGACAACGACGAGUAUUGCUCGGCGUGCGGCAAUGCAGGCGACGUCGUCUGCUGUGAUGGCUGCCCUCGAUCAUUCCACUUUGAGUGUGUCGACAUGGUGCAGUCGGACGAUCUGCCCGACGAGUGGUACUGCAAUGAGUGUCUCAUUCGACGCUUUCCCUCGCGCGUACCCGUCCACAAGGGCAUUUUUGCGGGCGCCCUGAACAACCUCGAGAAGAGUAUCCCGCGCGCCUUCAGCCUGCCAAAGAAGGUGCAGAACCGCUUCGAGGGCGUCAGGGCCGGCGCCGACGGCGAUUACGAAGAUGUCAUGUCGAGUAAGGCGGUUAAGUGCAGGAAACGAAAUGGCUACGAUGAGCUGCCAGACUUCUUCAAGCAGCGCGAGGAUGGCCACGCUGUGCUCUGCCACGCUUGCCAGAAGCCGGCCACGGAGAUAAGAGCCAUCAUCCCGUGCAGCGCGUGCCCGUUCCACUGGCACAUCGAUUGCCUCGACCCGCCCCUGGCGAUGCCCCCCGUCCUCAAGACGUGGCGCUGCCCGGCGCACAUUGACGACGUCUUGAUCGAGGUGCCCGGCCUCGCGCCGGCCCACCGCUUCCGCAGGCUCAAGGGAACCCAGACCAUUGCGCCUGCCAUCAGCCGAGGCCUCAAAAACAAUGGCCAUAUCGAGAUAGAUUGGACGGACGAACCUGUCCAAACCGAUCGUUCCGGAUGGCCCGACCCAUCCUCAUUUGGACGAAGCUACAAACUGCCCGCCAGGGGAGUUGUCCUGGACUUCAUUGAACAACUGCGACACCAGGGCGCAGGCUAUGGAUCUCGUCGACACGAAUCCAGACGGGUUCCGUAUCCGUCGCCACCUGCUCAGCGCGACGCGAGCAGCCCCCUCCCCGGCUCUGCUCUCGAGCGCGACAUCGACGAGAUGCAGGCCUCCCUCACCUUGAUCGGCCUUCGGCAGAAGCGGUCAGAACCGAUCGACAGGCUCACGUCUGCACUCAUGUCCGCUGCCGACGACAAUAUCUUGUCGCUCAUGGCCAAGAGCAAUGCUGAUAAUAUUGCAGUCGGCCACCUGACCCAAGACGACAGGAUGGGCCUGCGUGCUUUGCUGGCUCAGAUCGAUGCCAUGGGCGCCCGGAUCCGGCAGGUCCUUGGCGACGACAAGCCGGCUCCUGAACCCUCAGCUGUUUCGGCCGACGCCCGGACCCCGGUCUCGGAACCGCCCAGCAUCAACGAGUCGGGCAAGCUGGAGCCGAUUGCCCCGGUGGCGGAGCCUACGCCUCCCUCGACAGUCGACCACGCCGAAGGCUCGAUGGAGCUCGACUAG